GUCUGUCGUGAGUUCGAAUCUCGAUGAGCGGAAUCUUUUUUUUUCAUUGCAGAAUUAAGCUCUAAUCUGCCGCUGUUUUCGAGGCCCUUGCAACCGAGCUGCCGCAGGCUUGCGCCGCGGCCUAGGCGCCCCCAGGCCCUUGCAACCGAAAGGUUAGGUUAGGUUAGGUUUUAUUCUCUUCUCGAAGGACCAAAAUAUCAGCUGACCCAAAAACGGAAGAUGUGUAACGGCCAUAAGGAUAUUGUCCCUAGUUUUGAAGUGAGUGGAAUGAAUAGUUACGAGCGACUAGCGAAACAAGUCCAUGAAGCUCUCCACCCCUCACAUCAUGGAGCCGUGCAGUGCCCAGUUCGACAAAGUACCCGUGAUUGAGGUGACCACCGAGAAUUUGACCCUUGUUUGGCCCAAACUCAUGGAAUGCAUUCAAAAAUCGCAUUUUGUGGCCCUUGACUGUGAGUUAAGUGGCUUAGGGGAUCGGAAGAAACUGAAUCAGCCUUCGGUGGAGGAUCGCUUUGUGAACAUGAAUGCGGUAGCCCAAACUCGAUCCAUUGUGGCUUUGGGCUUGAGUACCUUCCAUCAUCGGGAUGACUAUCGAUAUCAAGUGGACACAUUUAAUUUGAUGGCGCUUUGCUCCGAGGAUUACAUCGUCGAACCCGGAGCUUUAAAGUUUCUGGUUGAGCACGGAUUCGAUUUCCAGAAGCAGUAUUCAUCCGGCUUGCCCUAUUGUCGAGGCAAACUUGAGGAUAACCCCGAGCCACCACAACCAUCGUUGCGCCGCUUAUUCCAGUUUCUAGUCAAAUGCCAGAAGCCAUUGGUUGUGCACAAUGGUCUGAUUGACCUGGUGUUUCUCUACCAAAGCCUCUAUGCUCAAUUACCGUCCAAGUUGGAGACGUUUGUGGCAGAUCUCACUGCCAUGUUCCCACAAGGUCUUUAUGAUACGAAAUAUAUAGCCGACUACAUCACCCGCCACAAAUCAUCGUACUUGGAAUAUGUCUUUCGAAAAGAGCAAAUCACGAACCAAAUCAAAGCCUCCCAGAACCGACCUCAUGUUCAGUUGCAACUCGGUGACGAUGAGACGAUCUCCAAAUACUUCCAAUGGAUUCAAUACCGUUGGUGUGGCAUUGAAACCGCCGGGGACAACCAGAAUUUGAGUGAAAAUGGUGUUUGCGAGAAUUUCGCCAAUCACGGACAUUGCGUCAAUGGUCAAAAAUGCACCGUUUCUCACAACAUCGAUGACAUACUCUCGCACAAAGAGAGUAAAAAGUGGAAAAGAGACUGGAAAACCGCCAAUCCGGAGGAAGCCCGUUCAAACGGUUCGAGUGAUGAGAGCCAAUCGUCGACUUCUAGAGCGAGUGAUCGACAUCGAGCUGGUUUUGAUGCCUUUAUGACGGGGUUUGCCUUCGCGACGUAUCUGGUUCAUUUCACGAAAAUGCCCAAAACGCCCCUUAGUUUCGCAUCUGAACACAUUUGCACCGAAUCCUCGGUCAAUAAGUUGUAUCUGGUGUGCAAAGAUUUUCCUCUUAAUGUAAUGAAGAGCUUAUUCGCUCGGUAUUCCAUAGGACAUCACGAGGCUCUUAAGGCCAUCAAAGCUGCGUCUGUUCAAAGCAUAUCAGGAAUUCUUGCAAACUUGCCAGAAUCUUCGGAAAAACAAUAAACCCAAGUAUUAGAAUAUCAUCAUCAA